AACCUUUACGUUGAAGCAGGAGCAAUGCUGCUCUUCUGUCCGAGCUGCGGAAACGGACUGAUUGUGGAGGAAGGACAGUGUUGCCAUCGCUUCGCCUGCAACACUUGCCCCUACGUGCAUAAUAUCACAGGCAAGGUAACAAACCGAAAGUAUCCAAAGCUGAAAGAAGUGGAUGAUGUGCUUGGUGGAGCAGCUGCCUGGGAGAACGUGGACUCUACUGCAGAGCCAUGUCCCAAAUGUGAACAUCCGCGUGCCUAUUUCAUGCAGCUUCAGACCCGUUCUGCAGAUGAGCCAAUGACCACCUUCUACAAGUGCUGCAAUGCUCAGUGUGGACAUCGCUGGAGAGACUAGGGGCAGGGCUUCCCAGCUGCAGCCCUGACUUUGUGUGCUGAAGGUCUUUGCUGUGUGAUAGGAAGCUAACUCUUCUGUGGUGGAGGACGAGGGUGAAACAGGUCCUCUGCAGGUCAGCAGAUAAAGACCUUAAUGCACAGGGG